AUGGCUACAAGGGUGCAGAAUUCCUGGAGAGUGUGCAUCGACUACAGGCGCUUGAACUUGGCUACUCGCAAGGAUCACAAUCCACUACCUUUCAUCGAUCAAAUGCUUGAUCGCCUAUCAGAUCCAUAUUUCUCCAUAAGGCCAAGAAAAAACUACUUUUACAUGCUCCUUUGGAACGUUGAUAUUAUUUCUGGUUUACCUUACUCCUCCUCUGUGAGGGAAGUCCGUUCUUUUCUUGGUCAUGCAGGUUUCUACCGGUGUUUUAUCAAGGACUUCAGUAAGGUUGCACUACCCCUUUCACGUCUGCUGCAAAAAGACGUAGAGUUUGACUUGAGUGAAGACUGCAUGGAAGCAUUUGACAAGCUGAAGAUUGCCUUGACCAAGCUCCUAUUGUGA